CCAUUUACGAUGUAUUUCAGCGGCAACAGAGUCAAGUCGAGUGACAGUCGAGUCCUCCCCUCAGCUGCAAGUCUCAAUCAAUCGGAAGAAGACACUGUCCACCAAGGCAUCCCAACUUGCUUCCAAUAAUAUAGAGAUUGAUGUGUCUGGCUUGUGGAUAGCAAUCACAGAAAGCAACAAUAAACUCGGUCGAGUAGCACUUUAUACCUCGGCAAUUAAUUAUCUUAAUCAAUAAUGGCGGAGGAUGCAGAUGAAGUCAAGGCACGUCUUCGAGAGAAGAUUCGUAAUCAGGCAGCAGCACUGCUCUUCAAGGCUGACAACGUGAUCAACAAGGUCAAGCGAGAAGAGAAGGACGACGCAGAAGCAGCAGAAGGCGGAGGAGAAGGCAAUGGCUCCUCUGCUGCUUCACCGAGCCAACGGACAUCUAUAACUGUCGGUGAUGCAGAGACAAGACGCAGCUCUCUCAAGGCUGCCAGACCCAGCGCCGCAAGCACCAAUGAAAGCGACGAAUUAACAAAACGUCUGCAAAAGCUGGCUCUGGAGCGACAAAAACAAAACAAGGGCGAUCGACUCAAGGUUAUUCAGUCGGACACCAAUUCGCAUCUGUCGUCAGUUAAGACGUUUCAAGACCUCAAUCUACCCAAACACUUGCUGGAUGCCAUUUUCACCAUGGGCUUUGAUCGGCCCUCAGCUAUUCAAGAGGAAGCAUUGCCUCGAAUUUUGGCAGAUCCCCCACGAAAUGUGAUUGGGCAAGCCCAAUCUGGUAGUGGAAAAACUGCUGCUUUUACUCUUGGAAUGCUCUACCGUAUUGACGUGGAUGCACCCGCAUCGACUCAGGCGCUUUGUGUUACCCCUACACGAGAAUUAGCCAUUCAGAUUUUUGAAAAGGCAGUCAAGCCAAUGGCGGCCAACAUGGCUGGCUUGAAAGUGCAGCUGGCUGUGGCUGGCACUCAUUUCGAAAAGGGACAAAAGUGUGAUGCACACAUCAUCAUUGGUACACCAGGAAAGGUUGUAGAUUGGAUGAAACGUCGACUCUUCAACGCCAAGACUAUUAAAGUGUUUGUUUUGGACGAGGCUGAUUCGAUGAUUGAGGAGGGAGGACACCGUGCCAACUCAUUGCUCAUUAAGAAGAAUUUGCACAAGAAGUGUCAGAGUCUUUUCUUCAGUGCCACCUUUCCACCAGAGGUUGUUACAUUUGCUGGAAAGAUGGUCGAUAAUCCGGAUAGAAUUUUGAUUGAAGAAGGUGACGAGUUUUUGGUUGUGGAUGUGAUCAAACAGCUGUGGGUGGACACGAGAGAUUACAACGGAGGAAAAUUGGAAUUCUUGGCAGAUAUUUAUUCACUCCUUACUAUCGGGCAGAGCAUUGUGUUUGUUGGAACAAAACGUGACGCUGACACUGUUCAUCAAACCUUGUCGGAUUCUGGGUACACGUGCUCUGUUUUGCACGGAGGCGUGGACGGAGCAGAACGUGACGCCACAAUGCUUGCCUUCCGAAAUGGUGAAUCCAAUGUACUCAUUACAACCAACGUUUUGGCUCGUGGAGUGGAUGUAGACAAUGUCUGUUUGGUUGUCAAUUAUGAUGUUCCUGUGGACAAGGAUCAAAUGCCAGAUUUCGAGACAUAUUUGCAUCGUAUUGGGCGAACAGGUCGUUUUGGAAGGAAGGGAACAGCAAUCAAUCUUAUUGGUGACCAGCGAUCUUUGGAAGUCCUGGCAGCUAUUGAGGAUCACUUUUCUAUGGAUGGCCAGGAAAUGAUUGCGCAGGCUACAGCUGAUCCAGAAAAUUUGGCGGAUAUGAUAGAGAUUUAAAAACGACACUGCCGCCGCAGUCAAACAAAGAAACCAACCUGGCAAUAGCUGCAAUGGACAAUCUAUUCUACUUUUAAUGCAUAAUGUACCAUGCUAUGACUUUUCCUUCUGUGUCAGUGAAGGCGGACCCGACCCAAUCAACAGAAAUAGUUGCCAAAGAACGUUGGUACCCCCAAAAACGAUUAGUUCAAGGGGCUCCAGAGGGGAGAAGGAAGAGGGCUAAGCUAGUCUGGACAAAGGCAUCUAGUUGCACAUGUUUUGAAUGCCAAGGUACCCCCAAAAGUGAUUAGUUCAAGGGGCUCCAGAG